ACUGUCGAACCGAUCAGUCUAGUGACGAUCACCGCGAGGAUCGGACGCAAAUUAUAAAAGUGGCGGACGGAAAUUAGCAAAAGAAAAAAACCGGGUACGACAACAGCGACAACGGGUAGCUCGGAAGAAGAAAUGGCGCGCGCGGCAGGGUUUCUAUCGCGAAAAGUGGUGUUCCUCCAGCUUCUGCUCGGCUGCGGCUUAUUGGUGCAGAUCUGCCAGAGUCAAGGGUUUGCAGUUAUAGGACCGAAAACAAUACGUCCAAAUAAUACGUACACUGUUGCAUUUAGUAACUCUUUGCCAAACAACGUCCGUUUAGAGGUAAUACUACAGGGAAUUAGUAAUGGGAACAAUGCAUACACUAGGAGAGUCAAUGUUGCUGUACCCAGAAAGACAGGACGAGCCACAGCCUUCGAGGUAGGUGAUAUUCCGGAUGGCGAAUACAGUUUAUCGAUCAAGAGCGUAGAUCAAGCUUUAGGCUUCAGUGAAGAAGUUGAUCUUUUAUAUGAGAACAAGACCACGUCCAUAUUGCUUCAAACCGACAAACCGGUUUACAAUCCCGGUGACAUGAUGCGAUUCCGUGUCGUGGUGAUCGAUAUUGACACCAGACCAGUAAAGAAUAUUAAAACUGUUCAAGUUAGUCUCACGGAUCCAGAUGGUAUAUCUAUUAGGCAAUGGCCCUUUGCAGCGUUGUACAAAGGAGUAUUCGAAUCAGCUUUCCAGUUGGCGUCGUCACCUCCUCUGGGGGACUGGACUUUGAAUGUAACUGCUGGUCCAAAUACGGUGGCGAAAAAAAUCGAACUGCGAAAACACGUACUGUCGAAAUUUUUUGUUAAGGCUUAUCCUUCGAAGGUUCCGCUGGCUGAGGAGAAAACUAUUUCAAUAAGGGUUGAUGCGGGCUACACAUUUGGCGAGCCAGUCGACGGUACCGCCAAGGUGGACAUUUAUCUUGACCCAGAUAAUAGAAGGCCGGACUUCACGACAACCGUAAACAUCACAGGCAGCACGGAUGUUGAGUUUAAGCUUAAAAGACCAGUAACAAUCGAUGACGAUGCCCUAGGGUACAAGGAUGUCAUUUUGAAGGUAGAUGUGAUGGAAGCAUUCUCGAAUCGUUCGAUAAACAUUACCGAACUCGUUCCUGUGUUUCUGCGGCCCUACAAAAUUACAUUAAAAAAAUCUACGCCAUUGUUCCGACCGGGUUUACCGUUCCCAAUAGAUUUAUCGGUAAAUGACCAUUAUGGUGAACCUGCGGUUGAAGGAUCGGAAGUCGAAGUCACGAUCCGUUAUGAAGGAACAGACUUGGAGGAUGAAGUCGAAAUUAGAGCGCUCGAUCAACGUGGUAUGACGAAUUUGAAGCUGGAACCACCAGCGAAUGCAGAACACUUAGUUAUAAAGGCAAAAUAUCAGUCAGUGGACUAUGAAAUAAUCGAGACAAUUGAUGGUGCCCUUUCGAAAAGCAAGCAAUAUAUUCGAAUCACGCCGAGUUCGAAUUUCAGAGCUGUUGUUGAUAAAGUAGUUACAUUCGAUGUAAGCUGCACAGAAACAAUGAGUCACUUCUCAUACUUGGUCGUUUCGAGAGGAAGUAUCGUUACUGCCAACACCGUGAUGGUCAAUAAGAAAAAAUACACUUUCAGACUAAAACUCACCCCACAGAUGUCUCCCAAAUCGAGACUAAUAGUAUAUUAUGCUAACCAACAGUAUCUCAUCUUCGACCAAUUUGAAUUUGAGUUCGAAACGCUGAAUAAUAAAUUCAAGAUGGAGUUGGACCGGGAUGAGUAUCAACCAGGUGAAGAUAUUGUGGUGACCGUAGAUGCUGAAAGCGAUUCAUAUUAUGCGAUGCAGGCAAUUGAUCAGUCAGUUCUUCUCUUGGGUCGUGAUGGACAUGAUUUUACCAGAAAUGACAUUCUUACCGAUCUGGCACUCUAUGGAGCUACCAAAUCUAACGAGUUUGACCCUUUUCAUACGAUGGGAAUGUUCAUGAAAACGACAGCCAGUAUAGACAUUCCUUAUCCACGAAACCAUCUGAACCGUUUUGGUGGAAACGCUCUGGAUUGGCAGAAAACAAUUAUAAAAGCAACUCACAUCAGAACUAAUUUCCCUGAUUCAUGGCUCUGGUAUAACUUCACAAUGAAUGGAAGAAAAUCUCAUAAAACCUAUACGGAUACCGUGCCGGAUACUAUCACGACAUGGUUUGUGAGUGGAUUCGCGCUUAGCCCAACCAAGGGACUGGGAAUUAUGCACGAACCAAUUAAGUUCACAGUCAAACAACCUUUCUUCUUAAUUGCUAAUCUGCCCUACUCUAUCAAGCGCGGCGAGGUAGCUUUGAUACAAGUUACAGUUUUCAAUUUUCUUGGGAAUAGAGUAACUACAGAUGUGACUCUUCACAAUAAAAAUGAAGAGAUAGAAUUCGUAGACAAGUCUUCCAAUGACAACACGCGUCGUACGAAGGUCGCUAUCGUACCAACCAACAACGGAAAACCGGUCUCAUUUCUGAUUAAGGCAAAGAAGUUGGGAGAAAUUGCGAUUAAGAUAGUAGCUACAACUUUAAUAUCAACCGACGCUAUAGAACACAUGUUGCGGGUCACUCCUGAAAGCAAUAGGUACGAGAAAAAUGAAGCUAGAUUUAUUGAGCUCAACGAACACGGAAGACAGAAUUUCGAUUUACCUGUGAGCAUUCCUAGCACCAUUGAUGAAGGAUCGGCUAAAAUCGUAUUUUCGUUGGAUGCGGAUAUUUUGGGAACUGCGAUCAAAAACUUAGACGGACUUAUUCGUUUACCGACAGGAUGCGGCGAACAAAAUAUGUUGAACUUCGUGCCCAAUAUUGUCGUCUUAGACUAUCUUUCUGAAACCGGCACCAUUGCUGAAGAUGUGAAGACGAAGGCGAUCAACUAUUUGCAAAGCGGCUAUCAGAACCAGCUGAAGUAUAGACGUCCAGAUGGAUCGUUCAGCGUUUGGGGUGGAUCUGACACAAAAGGAAGUACAUUCUUGACAGCGUUCGUAGCAAAGUCAUUCAAAAUAGCUGACAAGUACAUUUCUAUCGAUAAAUCGAUAGUUAUAAAUGCCUUCCGCUGGUUAGCAAGUAAUCAGAGCCCCGACGGUCGUUUUGUUGAAGUAGGACGCAUCAUUCAUUCGGAUAUGCAAGGAGGUCUACGAACUACGAGCUUCGCACUUACAGCUUACGUAUUGAUUGCGUUUCUGGAGAAUGAAGAUAUUGCAACAGAGCAUAGAUCUAUCGUUCAAAAAACGACUAAUUAUUUGGUUUCUAAUUACGACAAUAUGGACGAUGCAUACGAUUUGUCAUUAGCAACAUAUGCACUAUCUUUGGCCAAGCAUUCGAAGCGGAUCGAUUUCCUAACAAAGUUGUUGGAGAAAAGCAAUAAAACUGAUGUUGUUCGGUAUUGGAACAGAGCUCCGGUCGGAGUUGAAAUCGCGGGAUAUGCUUUGCUGUCCCACAUUUCCCAGGGUAUGUUCGUGGAUGCAACACCUAUUAUGCGAUGGUUGAACCAGCAACGAUAUGGGCUAGGAGGAUUCCCAGGUACCCAAGACACAUUUGUGGGUUUGAAAGCAUUGGCCAAAUUUGCAGCCAGAACAACUUCUCAUAGAAAUAACUAUCGAGUAACUAUUAGGCAUGAUCCAAACAGAAUUCAUACGAUUGAUGUUGAUAAGCAAAAUUCCUUUGCAAUUCAAGAACGCGAAAUUCCUAAGAACGUACGUAAAGUUCGAGUUGAGAUUUCUGGAAUCGGUCACGGCGUCUUUCAGGUGGCUUACCAAUAUUACUUGAAUGUACAGCAGGCUUACCCACAGUUCGAUUUGAGCGUGCAAGUGUUGAACACCACAACAGCGUAUGUGCAGCAUUUACAGGUUUGCGUCAAAUAUCGUCCCUUGGAAGCCUACCAAGUAUCGAACAUGGCACUAGUUGAAGUGUUCUUCCCAAGUGGUCUAAUAGCGGAUGAAAAAGCUGUCCGAGAUAUCGGAAAUCGAAUUCAGAGAACUGAACUUCGUUUCGCUUCCACAUCCGUUGUUGUGUACUACGAUAACUUAGGUACAACUGAAAAUUGUUUUCAAGUAACAGCCACUCGUCGCUACAAAGUUGCAUUGCAUCUACCUGCGUAUGUUUUCGUGUAUGAUUAUUAUCAUCCAGAACGUUUCGCUAUUAAGACUUAUGAGGGUAAAGUGAUGCAGUUAUGUGAUAUAUGCGACAAGGAAGACUGUGAAACAUUAUCGUGUUAAUAGAACACUAUCUGCCAACAAGUACGUGUUCUAUGAGUGUUAACUUCGUCAAGUGUUUCCAAAGCACUCUCCGUAUUGGUAAAGGUGGACCGAUGUCGCACAAGAAUCUCGGAACUUGAUGCAUCUUUUGUUGAGCCUAAGAUAUCAGUAUCUACAUUGAAAGCCACCAUGACCCUUCAAAUACUCAAAUAAAUAUACGUGAUUAAUGUUGUUUUUUUUUCUUAAGAAGUAUAAAGUAUGAAGUAUAAAUCCAA